UUGGUGAUUGUUGGUCGGGUCAUCAUCCACCAGCUCCUACAGAAGAGUGGUGUGCAUCCGAGGGCUGCAGGACACCUGCGUGUGCUGUGGGCCCCACCUGAUCUGAAGGGAUUUAAGGACCUACUGACUCCUCCUCGGGCUGGAGGGCUGCUGGCAGUUCGGGCUCUGCUCACAGACUCGACCAGGGAGCGGCACACAGAGCUGAUGGAUUUGAAGUCGUUGUUUGGAGGACAGGAGCCCUGUAACGAUGGCCAGAGCGCGUGCGUCGUGUCCUCUCCCGAGCCGGACAGACCCGUCGGUUUGAUGGAAGGUCAGAGGAAAAGAAAGAGGACCAUUUUCAGCCGAGCCCAGCUCUCCGAGCUGGAGCAGGCCUUCGCCGUCACCCCGUACCCCGACAUCACCCUCAGGGAGCGGCUGGCCGCGCACACGCACUUACCGGAGAGCAAGAUACAGGUAUGGUUUCAAAACAGAAGAGCGAGGAGCAUCAAAACCGGAAGGCUUUCCAAAGCCAGCAAUCCUGUGAUGGGGGGCCGGGGCUUUGUGGAGCUCUCCGCUGACCCGGGAUCCUCCUCGUUCACGCCAACGAGCGCGCUGGCGGAGAUCCUGAGGCAGGAUCAGAACACCUUUUUCGAGGACUACUCGGAGUGGAUCAAAAUUUACAGCAAGCCGGCGGCGUCCCCGCCGGCGUCCUCCUCCUCGUGCCUCCACCAGCCGCCCGGCCGCGGCUGCUCCAGACCCCCGGAGGCCCUCCUCUGGGAGGAGGACCCCCACAGGGGGCAGCAUUUGGGGCCCUCCUUCGCGGGUUUCAUCGCCGGCCCGUUUCCCCCGGCCGCCAGCAAGCAGGCUCCCCGCCCGGCCUCCGCCUGCUCCUACCAGGCCUUCGCCGGUUCCAAGCCCCAGCACCUGGCCCCGCCCGCCGGCCACCAGGCCGCCGCGUACGAGGGCGGGGCCUCGAUGGAGCAGGUCCAUUCCUACCCCCAGUCCGUGUACUGGGAGGUCACCCAGGGCCAGGGCCACCAUCACCGCCACCACCACCACCAUCACAGUCAACACCCGCAGAUGGGACCCCAGACCUCCAUGGGAUACAUCUCCGAUCUGAUCUACAACGCGGCUAUCGUCACGAACUUUAUAGAGUUCUGA